AAUUGCUUGAGUUACUCGCAGCCAAAAUGUCAAACAAAUUCCAACGCAGCUCUCCAAAGAUGCUCGGCGUUGGCGUCGGCAUCGAUGCGUCCACAGUUUCAUCGACGGUCAGUAAUCAGCCACGGAAACGGGUGAAGAGAUGCUGCCGGAACUUCGUCACGUUCAUGUGCACACAGGUGGGCGUGGGCGCCUUAAUUGUAGUGUAUGCCAUCUUUGGGGCACUCGCCUUUAUGCACAUUGAGCGCGAGUAUGUGGAUAAGACGGCGGCACAUGUGUUGGAAUUGCGACAGAAUUGCUCACAGAAACUAUGGAACAUCACGGAGGAACACAAUGUGGUUGAGAAACCCAUUUGGGUGAACGAGACGAAUGCUGUGCUGCGGGAGUAUCAGGCACAAAUUGCACAGAUUAUCAAGAAUGGAUAUGUGGGUCGUAGUCCGGCGCAGAUGUGGAGCUUUCCGGCGGCGCUGAUGUUCUGCCUAUCGGUGAUCACAAUGAUUGGCUAUGGCAACAUGGUGCCACGUACGCCCUGGGGCAAGGGUUUCACUGUCAUCUAUGCCACAUUCGGCAUACCCCUCUAUAUACUCUACUUUCUCAAUAUGGGUCGUGUGCUGGCGCGCUCCUUUAAGUUCCUGUACCGCUCCAUGCAUGACUGUACCCAGGAGCGUCAAUACGAUGCCAGAUUGGAGGCACUGGAGAACGGCGGCAGUCUGGGUGCACUGACGCUGCGCAAGAAGAUCAUUGUACCCUCCACCGCCUGUCUGUGGGUCAUCAUGUUCUACGUGCUCACCGGCACCAUCAUGUUUGCCAACUGGGAAAAGUGGAGUUUCCUCAACAGCUUCUACUUCUGCAUGACAUCACUGUGUAAGAUUGGAUUUGGUGACUUUGUGCCAGGCGCAUCGCUGACAACGUCCGCAGAUGUAGAUGCGGCAACGCAUAAGCUGCGCGAAGACAUUGCCGCCGAUCCGAAUGAAGUAUCGGAGCUGCAACGCAUCACAGAUCAGCACUCCAAGCUGGCCAUCAACUUUAUAUACAUGCUGCUGGGCAUGGGCCUGGUGGCCAUGUGUCGCAAUCUAAUGCGCGAGGAGGUGCGCGUCAAGCUCAAGGAGAUGAAGGAGGACACCAAACUGUGUGUCGAGGAUACGCGACUGCGCUUUGUCGGCUGCUGUGGUGAUCCACGGGAUCAAUAUGAGAACGAUUAUUACUAGGAACGUGUGUGUGUGUGUGUGUGUGUGUGUGUGUGUGUCAGUGCUGCCAACUUUUGAUACCAAAAAAAGCUGUUUUUGACUGGAAGAACAGGUAA